UUAUAAAUAUCCCAACAUAUGUUCGGUUGAUAAGGAUUGGGUGUAAUCAUAUCAUGAUCCCAUAUCAAAUAAAAACAAGUGGAACCACACAUUAAUCAUUUCUAACCUAAGCUCCUAGGUAUCAAGGUAUUUGUCAAUUUAUGUUUCCUAAAGUCUACUUUGUUUGCUCAAACCUUUUGUCAUUCUUCCUUAAAUUAGAAACAUGUUUGGAUCAAAAAAAAAUCUAGUCUCAAUAGCUAUAAAUGUUCCUCCAACUUGCUUGAAUUUCAAUAACCUCAAUCAAUCUUAAAACAACACAACAAAAAACAUGUUAUCUGUUACUCAAUCUUUUGUCAUUAGUCUCAACAAGUCAAUCGUUUCGACGCGGUCACCGCGAUCUAAACACUACCGACUCACACGCUACCGCAAGUGCACCAUUCGAUGCGAAAAAGAGAGCCUUCACUCCACCACUAAUGGUAUUGACCCGGCUGCCAUGGCGGCCUCAAUCGAUAAUGUCGCGUUCGCUGGAGUUAGUAAAACCCGCAAUGAUUUACAAAGCUCGUGCGCCAUACUUUCAUCCGGUAACCUCCCAAAACCGCUCACUAUCAACGACACGAGUCGAGCACCGAUGCAUGGUUUGGAGAUGCGUGUUGCUUAUCAAGGCGUGCCGGGUGCCUAUAGUGAAGCGGCUGCGGGUAAUGCUUAUCCAAAUGGCGAAAUGAUUCCUUGUGAUCAGUUUGAGGUUGCGUUUCAAGCGGUGGAGCUUUGGGUUGCGGAUCGCGCUGUACUACCGCUAGAGAACUCACUCGGUGGAAGCAUUCAUCGGAAUUACGAUCUACUUCUCCGUCACCGCCUCCACAUCGUUGGUGAAGUCCAACUUCCGGUCAACCAUUGUCUCCUCGCGCUACCUGGAGUCGGUACACAAGAUCUAAACCGCGUUAUUAGCCAUCCACAAGCGCUAUCUCAGUGCGAGUUAACACUCACCAAGCUAGGCCUAAAAGUGACCCGAGAAGCGGGUUACGAUACCGCUGGAGCUGCUGAACUGAUAGCGAAAAGCAACCUACGUGAUACUGCUGCGAUCGCAUCUAAACACGCAGCGAAGCUCUACGGUCUUAAUGUCCUCGUCGACAGCAUCCACGACGAUAGCAACAACGUUACUCGAUUCGCAAUGCUGGCUCGUGAACCGAUCAUACCCCACAUCGGUCGCCCAUUCAGAACAAGCAUCGUGUUCGCUCACGAUAACAGUACAGCCGUGCUCUUCAAGGUGUUGUCGGUGUUCGCCUUUCGGAACAUUAACUUGACGAAAAUCGAGAGCAGGCCUCGUCGAGUCCGGCCAAUCACGUUAGUCGACGAGGCAAACGUUGGAACGGCCAAACGAUUCGAGUACAUGUUCUAUGUUGAUUUCGACGCAUCAAUGGCGGACGUUAGAGCACAAAAUGCACUAUCAGAUGUUCAGGAAUACACCACAUUCUUGAGGGUGUUGGGCAGUUAUCCCAUAGAUAUGACCCCAUGGUCUCCUUCAAGCAGGGACUCAUAAGUAUAACUUUAUUUGAUGAUAUAAAUUUUAUUUUUCACCUCCAUUUAUAUGUAAUUAUGAAUAAAAGUCACUCAAACAUGAGGUUACAUCCUUGUGUAAGUAAACAUGUGUUAAAUUAUUAAAGCUUUAGUUUUUAAUAUAUGUCUAUUUACAUAUAUGCAGUCAAAACAUGCCCAAAAUA